GAGAUUAAACAAAAAAAGCUGAGCUGUGAUUGGUGGACAGAUUUGGGCUCGCGCGUUACUUUUCGCCGCAGCUCAGGAUCUCAUUACGGACUCUGAGAACUGCAGCUCUGCGUGGACCUGUUCAUUCUUGAGGGACUGCAAACAAGUAGAUCUAAACAAAAAAAAAAUGACGAUUAAAUUAAUUCGUGACCAUGGACAGCAUUAUAGACCUCGAAUGGCCUGUCUGAAAAAGCUCGAGGCCUUGGUGCUGGCGAUGCAGGACCCAAAAUCUGGGGUAAACUCUUCUGAGCAAAAAUUAAACAUCACUUCCAUUCCACAUGUCAUCGCAGGACAGGACAUCCUUGCGUGGAUUGCCAGUCAUAUGAAGGUGGAUAAUCAAGAGGCUCAGAUAAUUGGCACCAUGUUAGUCGCUUUUGGCUUCAUCUACCCACUAGAAGACCACAAAAGACUCAUGUUUAAGCCAGAAGGAAGUUUUUAUCGCUUUCAGUCACCCUACUUCUGGCCGGUGCAAAAAUGGAAGGCGGAAGACAUAGAUUAUGCAAUUUAUUUGGCGAAGAGAAACAUUCGAAAGAAGGGGACACUUGAUUGCUAUGAACAGGAGAACUACAACAGGCUUCACAAAUGGCUCGGCUACAAAUGGGAUUUUAUUGUGAUGCAAGCCAAGGAGCAGUACAGAACAGGAAAGCUGAGAAACAAAUCCGACCGGGUUGUGUUUGAUUGCCAGGAAAGGGCUUACUGGAUAGUUCAUAGGCCUCCACCUCAAACUCACAGUGCCAUGGACUAUGGCAUGGAUCGGCUUAUUGACCCUAACAAAGAAGAGAAACAAACCUUUGACUACUAUAGAAGAAUUAUCAUCUACAUGCAACAGGUGAUCAUGAGACCGAGGGUGAAAUCCACAGUGUCCCUGGGAGCCCUUGUGAAACGCAUGACAACAUAUCAGGACCAUGAUCCGUUUCUCAAACCGUGUGUUCCCAGCAACCCCUGGCAGACUGAUGAUGUUACAUACUGGGAUCUGAACAUGAGAAAUGUUGAAAUUCCCACAAAGAUGAGAGUUGAGCGCUGGUCCUUCAGCUUUUACGAGUUACUCAUUGAUCCACGGGGACGUGCCGAUUUCAAACUCUUCCUGAAGAAGGAAUUCAGCGGUGAGAAUUUGGCUUUCUGGGAGGCUGCUGAGGAGAUGAAGUGGGGAGCAGCAUCAUCCAUGUCUGAGAAAGCAGAGACCAUUUUUAAGACUUUUUUAGCUCCAGGAGCUCCACGAUGGAUCAACAUUGACGGUCGGACAAUGGGACUGACGGUGAAGGGUUUAGAACAUCCACACCGCUACGUCCUGGAUGCUGCUCAAACACACAUCUUCAUGCUGAUGAAAAAGGACACAUUUUAUCGCUACCUGAAGUCACCAGUUUACAAGGACAUUCAAAAAAAGGCAAUCUCACUCGUGCCACACAACUUUACUGAUGCCCAGCUGGAGCAAAAUGCUAGAAACCGUAAGCCCAGCGUUGACCCUAUCAUCCUGUGGCAGCAGGAACAAGAGGAAAAAGCCAAAGCGGCUGCUGCGGCCGGACCGAUUGAUAUUAAAAAACUGAUGGCCAGCAAACUAGACCGAAAGUGAUCAAGUUUAGUGCAACUGUAAAUUUCACCAUCGGUAAAACAUAAGAAAACAGGUUACAUAGGAAUCUUAUUAUCUGAGGGGUGUUCAAGUCAAACUGGGACUCAUGAUGAAUUUUUUUUAAUUAAUGAAGGUGUAAUACCGACUGACAUUUACAGACUUCAGGAUAAGUACAGUGAUAAGAUUCUUAGCUGCAGUAAAACUUUUGAAUAAUGCUUGCUUUUCAAAGAUUAAUAAAAGUGUAUUGUAUUAGUGUUACAGGGGAUUAUAUAGAGAAAUAAACUUAGUUUUUACUCUCAAUCUUGGUUUGACUUAAACGGCACUCAUAUAGCAUACACUUAUUGAAACAGUGUUUAUUAUAUUCACAGGGUGUACAAAAAUAUUUUUUUGACAGCAGUUUUGUCUAAGAUGUCUAUGAUUUCUUUAAAAAGCUGAUAAAUGUUCAUGCUCGGCAUGCAUGUGAUGUAUUUGGAUAUCCUAAUAUACUGCUUGCUAGUCUGGAAUCUGAGAAAACAUUUUAAUAUUAACACAAGAGCAUGGAAUGUCCAACUGAUUAAUGGUUUGUGCUUUUUUUAAAAAAAAGGUUUUGGACAAGCUUUAUUUUCCUCAUAAAUCCUCUUGUUAAAGUUCAAUUAGUGUGCACAAUUAUAAUUAUUACUAUUAAUUACUAUUCAUACCCAUGAAAAUCUGCACCAUGUUCCUGUCAAAUUAUAAAUUACAAUAUUGUCACAAAGCAACUUUACAGAAAUCUUUUGUUGUGCUGGUUGGUGUAGAUGUUUUAAAUAGCAGAAGACUUAUGGCACACACAUUCGAAUUCACACUCUUCGGUACACAACGUUUGGUUCAGUGAGCCUUGUGAUCCGAAUGAUCUUUAUAGCCUAAAGAUUUUAACAGUGAACUGUAUCGUCAGUGUUUUAGAUUUAACAAACAAACAUGUCUAUAUGUUAAUCUAAAUAUAAUAGUUUCUACUGUAUAUACAGUAUAAAUCAUUUACUUCAUUACUAUAAUUAAGUAUAUACCUUCUUUAUCUGUACUUUACUUUAGCAGUUUUAUUAGUGGACACAUUUUACCUUUACUCACUACUUCACUAUUUCUCUGCAUUUAUGGCAUUGUAUUACUUAACCAAAGUAGUGUGUAUAUCUCAUCACAAUGCCACCUGGAAUUGGGUGGGAUAUGUUCAACAAACUGAACAUUUUGUCCCUAAAGCUGAUUUGUUGGAAGCAAAAAAAAUGGGCAAGCGUAAGAAUUUGAGCGACUUUGACAAGGGCCAAAUUGUGAUGACUGGACGACUGGGUCAGAGCAAUUCAAAAACAUGUGAGAUAUUCCCGGUCGAAAGUGGUCCAAGGAAGGAAAACCAGUGAACUGGCGACAGGGUCAUUGGCGGCAAAGGCUCACUUAUGCAAGUGGGGAGUAAAAGCUGGCUCGUGUAGUCCUAUCUGAUAGAAGAGCUACUAGCUUAAAUUGCUGAAAAGUUAAAGCUGGUUCGCAUAAAAAGGUGUUCGAACUCACAGCGCAUCUGUUAGGAGCUUUAAAAAUGCUGUAAUGGAUUUAGGGUUUCCAUUACUCAGCAGUCACUGAAAAUAACUGUUCACUGUAUCAUAAUUUGAGAAUGUGUCCAAUCUUAGGAAAUAUUAGCCAGAUCUAUGGAUGGUAAAAAAAUUAUUGCUCUGAUCCAGAGAUUCAUUAAUUGAUCCUGAGCCAAUGUUACUAUGCGUUCUCCUCCAGGUUGUCCAGUUUCCUCCUAAUUGUCCAAUCACCUUCCAAAAACUUACAAGUUGGUGGAGUGGCUAAGCUGAAUUGCUGUCAAGUGUGGACGAGUAUAAAUGUACAUUCUGGCAUUAGACUGGUAUCUCACUUAGGGUGUGUUUCCACUUUGUGGCCAGCAGAUUUGAGUUUAGGAUUUAAUACUGAAAACUGCACACACAGCUUUUUACCUGUACUGAAAUUCUGCAGGUCAACAAUCGUCUGUCACUAUGUCAUCCCUCUAUUCAUUUAGAGUAAAGAAGGAGUUUUAUAUUUUGUCAAUUAGGUAAACUUAAAAUCAGAUCCUCCAUGUCCUGAAUGUGAGAGAAAGUUCUAACUUCAGAAUAUUGUUUGGUACAUGGAUUGUGUAAUGUCUCAUAAUUAUUCUGUCCUAUUUUAUGUCUUUUUCUUACUGCCUGAGUUUGAUUGAAGUACUGUACUGUAAAGCUGUAGUAAAA